AUGAAACCAGCAAAAUUGAUUCACUUGAUUUUCUGCAGAAUGCUACGUGUGUUAUGUUUAGUAUUGAUCGGUGUCGUAUCGUGUAACGUCCAAAGACCGCCAACUGUCCUCAUUUUAUUGCCCGUCCCACCAACAAAUAAAGAUACUCCAAAAAGUCCGACAAAGCCGGCUGCAGCUAGUAAUGCAGGAACACAAACUGCGGAGACAAAAGAUCAACCAAAUAAAAAGGAUGGCAGUAAUGAAACUAAUGCAACGGCAGUGGUGAAGACUCCUGCAAAAGAAGUUGGAAAAGUAGAAAAUGCUAUGAGAAUACCACCACCACCAAUAAGGGGACCUGAACUGAAUUUGAGGCCAGGUAAAAUUUGUGAUUUGAAAUCUUCACAUAAUACAAUUAAGAAUGAAUUAUGGAUGAUCUGUCAACCUGUUGUUUGUGUUUAAUUAACUGAUAGAGAUGUGAAGGUGGAACCCCUGUUCACAGAAGUCCUAUCAAAAACAUCUAAGCGACUUGCCAUUUCGUAUUCACACCCGUUUAGAAACAUAGUCUCUUUCAGCUCACUCGUCAUCGUCAACAACUGUAAACUAUCAGUACAAUAGAAUAUCAUAUUCCUUGAAGAAGCAAAGUUUCGUGUGUAGCCGUUGAAUAAUGGAAGUCAAAUUGAGAUGCAGAACGCCGUUUGAUCAAAUUGAUAUGUUUUCAAAUAAGGAUAUUUACUUGAGUUGAUUACUU